AUGGCAGCUCGAAGAAUCUCAUCUCUGAUUUCUCGCUCCGUCCCUUUGCUCUCUCGUGGAGUUAAACACACUUGUGCGAGCAGAGGAGUGUCGCGAUACAGCACGGCAGCAGCUCUUGAGGAUCCAAUCAAGGCUCCUGUGAGUGUACAGUAUGAUAAGCUUCUCAUUGGUGGUAAAUUUGUUGAUGCUGCUUCAGGCAAAACCUUCCCAACCUUGGACCCAAGGACCGGUGAGGUAAUUGCAUAUGUCGCUGAAGGUGAUGCAGAAGAUGUUAAUCGAGCAGUGGCCGCUGCACGUAAGGCGUUCGAUGAAGGGCCAUGGCCUAAGAUGACUGCUUAUGAGAGACAGAGGAUAUUGUUGCGGUUUGCUGAUCUUGUGGAAAAACAUAAUGAUGAAAUUGCCGCACUAGAGACUUGGGAUAAUGGCAAGCCAUACGAACAAUCUGCUCAAACAGAAGUGCCUAUGUUUGUUAGGCUAUUUCGUUAUUAUGCUGGCUGGGCGGAUAAGAUUCACGGUCUCACUAUUCCGGCUGAUGGACCCCUUCACGUCCAGACUUUGCACGAGCCUAUUGGCGUGGCCGGCCAGAUUAUCCCGUGGAACUUUCCUCUUCUCAUGUUUGCUUGGAAAGUGGGACCUGCAUUAGCAUGUGGCAACACAAUUGUCCUUAAAACGGCUGAGCAGACUCCACUGUCUGCGUUAGUCGUAGCAAAGCUCCUACAUGAGGCUGGCCUUCCUGAGGGUGUUCUGAAUAUUGUUUCUGGAUUUGGUCCAACAGCUGGUGCUGCACUUUGCAGUCAUAUGGACGUGGACAAGCUUGCUUUCACUGGUUCAACAGACACUGGCAAAGUUGUUCUGGAGCUGGCUGCAAAAAGCAAUCUGAAACCAGUUACAUUGGAGCUUGGUGGGAAAUCACCAUUUAUUGUUUGUGAGGAUGCUGAUGUGGACCAAGCUGUUGAGUUGGCUCACUUUGCCCUAUUUUUCAAUCAGGGACAAUGUUGCUGUGCAGGCUCGAGGACAUUUGUACAUGAGAAAGUCUAUGAUGAGUUUUUAGAAAAAGCAAAGGCACGUGCCUUAAAGCGUGCCGUUGGGGACCCUUUCAAGGCAGGGACAGAGCAAGGUCCUCAGAUUGAUGCUGAACAAUUUGAAAAGAUCCUAAGGUAUAUCAGAUCUGGUCAGGAGUCUGGAGCUAAGCUCGAAACUGGAGGUGAUAGACUUGGGACAAAGGGCUAUUAUGUUCAGCCAACUGUCUUUUCUAAUGUCAAGGAUGACAUGCUGAUAGCUAAGGAUGAGAUCUUUGGUCCUGUGCAGACUGUCCUGAAAUUCAAAGAGCUGGAUGAUGUGAUUAAGAGGGCCAACAACACUAGGUACGGACUUGCUGCUGGUGUUUUCACUCAUAACCUUAACACUGCUAAUACGCUGAUGAGAGCAUUGAGAGCUGGGACUGUGUGGAUUAACUGCUUUGACACCUUUGAUGCCACAAUCCCUUUUGGUGGCUAUAAAAUGAGCGGGAUUGGGAGGGAGAAGGGAGAGUACAGCCUGAAGAAUUACUUGCAAGUGAAAGCGGUUGUUACCUCACUGGAAAACCCAGCAUGGCUGUGA